AUGUCCGAGAUCCCACCCAUCGACCUCACCUCGAUACUAGAUUUUACUAUCUCACUUGCUCGGGACGCAGGCGAUCUUAUCUUAGAAGGCUCGGAAGCCAUUCAGCGCGCUGCUGGAGAUGAAAGUCAGAGCACUGUCGGCGAGAAGAAGAACUCCGUAGAUCUGGUAACCGAAUACGACGUGCGAGUAGAGGAACUCGUAAAGAAGAAGAUUUUCCAAAAGUACCCUCAUUUCAAAUUCAUCGGAGAAGAAUCGUAUUCAGCUGGAUCGCGUCCCCCUCUGACAGAUGAACCGACAUUCUGCGUUGAUCCUAUAGAUGGAACAACUAACUUCGUGCACGGCUUCCCAUUCGCUUGUAUUUCGCUUGGUCUGAUUUACAAGCGGAGGCCGGUACUUGGGGUCAUAUAUAACCCAUUUCUCAACUACUUAUACCAUGGAAUUAAAGGCCACGGUUCUUUUCUCAUUCGAAACGGCGGGGAGCCAAAGCGUCUUCCUCUAUAUCCACCAAAGCAUCUCGCAUCACUGUCGCAGGCUGUCUUAGCCGUUGAGUGGGGAUCUGAUCGUGGAUCCACAACUAUUGCCUCCAAAGGUAGCUCAUUCAUGUGCCUGGCUGGGGAUCCUGCCAAGGGGGUUGAAGGCGGUAGAAUGGCCCAUUCUCUCCGUUCUAUGGGCAGCGCGGCACUAAACUACGCGAUGGUUGCUCAAGGUGGACUUGAUAUGUACUGGGAAAUCGGAUGUUGGCCUUGGGACGUUUGUGCCGGCAUCGUCAUCGCUGAGGAGGCAGGUUGUGUCGUGACAGGAUCACACACCGCCUUCUCGGCCUCCGUUUCUACGCCCGCAUUUGGGGAUGUAACAGAAGAAAUUCUCACUGGGAGAAAGUACCUAGUUAUUCGUGCAAUUGCAGAUACGAAGGCUGAGAAGGGAUCUGAAGCACAGAAGAGGCUCAUCAAAGAUUUCUAUGAUACUGUUGUAGAUGUCGACGCGAACUGA